AUGGCUAAAAUGAGAUGUAGAAGACGCGGAAGACGGUGUAGCAGUAAAAUACAUCAUUUAAUGCACACACUUGGAGGGGCGGUGUGUGAGUGUCGCACCGCCAUGUCGCACCACAGCGACGAGCAAGCGCUCCUUACAGUUACCUCCGAUUCGUUCUGGGAGCCUGGUAACUACAAACGCACCACCAAGCGAGUUGACGAUGGGCACCGGCUCUGCAGUGAGCUCCAGGCCCUCGUUCAGGAACGCGCCGAGAUCGAGAAGACUUACGCGAAGAGUUUGCGAGGCUGGGCCAAGAAAUGGAACGACUUAAUCGAGAAAGGACCAGAAUAUGGGACAAUGGAAGCAGCCUGGAAAGGCAGUAUGGUGGAAGCUGAAAGGCUAUCAGAUUUACACCUCAGCGUGAAGGAUCGACUCGUCAAUGACGUCAUGGCACAGAUCAAAAACUGGCAAAAAGACACGUAUCACAAGUCGAUGAUUCAGCUAAAAGAACGGAAAGAAAUGGACGAGGCAUUCAAAAAGGCGCAAAAACCUUGGGCUAAGCUACUCCAGAAGGUGGAGAGAGCGCGAAUGGAGUACCACACGGCAUGCAAACAGGAGCGAACAGCGCAGAACCAAGAGAGGAACGCCAGUGGGGACAGCUCUUUGAGUCCGGACCAGGUAAAGAAGAUGGCGGAGCGUGUAUCGAAGUGCCGCGACGAUGUGGCAAGGAACCGCGACAAGUACCAAGCCGCUCUCGCCGAGAUUACGGCCUACAACCCCCGCUACAUGGAAGACAUGACGACUGUGUUCGAGAGAUGCCAACAGAUGGAGGCGCAGAGGCUCACCUUCUUUAAGGAUGUGCUCUUCAGCUUCCACAAAUGCCUCAACAUUAGCCAGGAACCUACAUUACCACAGAUAUACGAAGAAUUCCACCAUACGAUAAACAACGCUGACCACCAGAAAGACCUCAAGUGGUGGGCGAACAACCACGGGAUCAAUAUGGCCAUGGCGUGGCCACAGUUCGAGGAAUACACGGAGGAGUUCCGGGACAUCGCAAAGGGCAAGUCCAAGGAGAGCCUGCCCACCGGACCCAUCACCUUGCUGAACCAGCGACCCGUCAGCGAAGACGAGCUCCCGCCAAUCACGAACAACAAGACGAGCAAAGGGGCCAACCACACGGAACCUGCUCCCGUUCAAGUCAACAACACGCCAUCACAGAAUAGCACCGCUAACAACACCAUAGACAAGAAAUCCAUCAGUGCACCCAUUGCUGUUACAAACGGCACGGCAACAGCGCCCAAGUCGAACAAGACAUCGCCGGCAAAGGAGCCAAGCCGGCAAGAGAAUCCCUUCGAAGAGGAAGAGUGGGACGAAGAGAGCGGUGGGCCGCUUACGGACACGGGCGAGCCGGGAGUGCCCGUGCGCGCGCUGUACGACUACACCGGAGCGGAGAGUGACGAGCUCAGCUUCCGACAAGGUGACCUAUUUGAAAAACUAGAAGAUGAAGAUGAACAAGGCUGGUGCAAAGGGCGUAAGGAUGGCCGAGUGGGGCUGUACCCUGCCAACUAUGUUGAACCGGUGGGGCAUUAA